CUACCAUAAUAUUGCAUCACUCGCGCGCCCUUAUACAUUCUUACGAGCUCCCAUUGAGCUUGCAGAAGGCUUGCCGAUGCGGUCAAGACCUCGCAAGCUGUUUAAACCACCCGAAAUCUCAAUCACGAAUAUUCUGCCUCUUCGGCGGGCAUUUUUGGCUUGCGUCAUACCUAGACAGCAGGGGAUAGGGAUACCUACAACUCCAAUUCACCCGUCGCCGUCGCCGUAAUGUCACAUAGCAAACGCAACACUUCGCGUGCCGUCUUUACCUCGCAUGAGCGGGAUCUUGCGCGGCGGGCGUGGGGUGAGAACACGGCCCGGCUGACGCGCGAGAGCUACCUGCCUUUCGCCUCAUGCGUCCUGUGCCUCGAGGUCGCGCGAGACCCCGUUGCCUGCGCGCACGGCGACCUCUUCUGCCGCGAGUGUGCCCUCAGCAACAUUCUAGCCCAGAAGAAGGAAAUCAAGCGGCUCGAGCGCGCGCGCGAGCAGGAGGAGCGCGAGGCCGAGGAGACCCGCAAGCAGCAGGAGGAAGAGGCCCACGAACGCGCCGUUCGCGAGUUCGAGCUGACCCAGAUCGGGCUCGAAGCGAAGGUAAAGAACAGGAACGACGCGGCUACCAGCAGGAGUGGUAACACUGUCAGGGGGUCAGAUAGCAAUGGUCGCGGCGAGGGCAGCCCCCCAGCGACGGAGAACCCCGACAGCAGCGCGAAACCGGAACGCAACGGGAAGCGCAAGUUCGAGAUGGACGAAGAGGAGCUGGCACGGAUAGCACGGGAGGACCGGGCAAAGGCACGAAGAGCUAUCGACGAGGAGACGGCGUCGAGGCCCACGCUCCCGUCGUUUUGGACGCCGUCCGUCACGCCGUCCUCCAACACGAGACACGCGCUGCACGAGAUAGUGAAGAAGGCGAAGAGCACGCCCAUGUGUCCGGGGUCGCACGAGGACGCGCCCCAUCCGUACUCGCUGCACACGCUCAUCACCGUCAACUUUGCCGAGGAGGAGGAGGAGGAUCCCGUCCAGAGCAGAAGCAGGGCAGGGGAUGGGGACGGCAAGAAGAAGACGCGGGCGCGGGUAUGUCCGUCUUGCAAGAAGGGCCUCAGCAAUGCCUCGAAGGCGAUGCUUGCGAAGCCUUGCGGACACGUCGUGUGCCGGAGCUGUGUCGAUAAGUUCAUGCGGCCCUCGCAUCAGCAUCGCCAUCAUCACGAUCCCCACGCGCCCGCAGACGAGGCCGAACGGCUGCGGUGCUACGUCUGCGAGGCAGAUCUCACCGAGGACAAGACGAAGAAUAGUGGCAACAAAGACGGUAACAGGGAGAAAGGUGCUAGGAAGAAGGAGAAGGAGAAAAUACAACCGGGACUUGUCGAGCUGAGGAGCGAAGGCACGGGAUUCUCAGCCGGGGGCGCGAACCAGGUACAGAAGUCUGGCGUAUCAUUUCAGUGCUAG